GACAGCUAAGAGCCGCUGGAGGAGAAGGACCCCUGGGGAGGUCGGCGGUUCGGUGUGAGGGGGCUCGGCCCCGGUUCAGCGGGUCCCGCCGCACCCUCGGCCCUCCUGGCGGCUCUCUCGGCUCCGGCCGCCCCCGUGAGCGGGGCUCUCCCCCCUCAGGACCCGGGGGCCGCACGGCGGAUGGGUCACCGCCCGGGCUGAGGAUGUCUGGAAGCUCCUCGGGAAGGCAGGCGGCGCCGGCGGAGGUAACAGAUUGGUUGGCCCGUUCGUUUGAUGACUUCUUUGGAAACGCAAAUAUUUCUUCCAGUGCUGUUCCUGUGAAGCCACUAGAAGGUAACGCUGGAAGAAAACGGCAGCAGCAGAAGAAAGACCUGCCUUCUGUACCAGAAAGUGGCAAAUCCAAAGUUCUGCCCAGAAAAAGAGCAAAGUCGUCUUCAGUGGAUCUGCCUUCUAACAAGUCCAGACAAAAAUGGGGCCAAUCUCAAGAUGAGCCAUGGGUAGACAGAUACAAACCUGAAACUCAGAAUGACCUAGCUGUGCAAAAGAAGAAGAUUGAAGAAGUUGAAACCUGGUUAAAACUGCACAUAUUUCAGAGGCAGCCAAAGCAGGGUAGCUCUGUUUUACUGCUGACUGGUCCUCCUGGUUGUGGGAAGACUGCAACUAUAGAAAUAUUAGCAAAAGAUCUUGGCAUUCAGGUGCAAGAAUGGAUCAAUCCAGUAUCUUUAGACUUUACAAAAGAAGACUUAAAAAAUAUGUUUGGCCAUGACUCAAAUUUUCAUACGUUUCCGAGUCAGGCCCAAGCAGCUCUCUUUCAAGAUUUUCUAUUAAGAGCAAAUAAGUAUAACAAACUUCAGAUGCUUGGGGAGUCCUCAGAAAAUGAUAAAAAGCUUAUUCUUAUUGAAGACAUUCCCAACCAAUUCUAUCGAGAUCCUAGCAGUCUACAUGAAAUUCUCAGGAGAUUUGUUCGUACAAGUAGAUGUCCCCUUAUAUUUAUAAUCUCAGAUAACUUCAGUGGAGACAGCAACCUGAGGUUACUAUUCCCAACGGAAAUUGUAGAGGAGUUGUGUAUAUCCUGUAUUAGUUUCAAGCCUAUUGCACCCACAAAUAUGAUGAAAGUUCUUAAUCGAAUAGCUGCAACAGAAGCUAGUAUGAACAGAGAAAAGAAUUGUGCUCUUGAUAGAACUGCUCUGGAGUUGCUUUGCAAAGGUUGCUCAGGGGAUAUAAGAAGUGCAAUAAACAGUCUUCAGUUUUAUUCUAUGAAAGACUGCUCGUUGGAGAAGGAGUUUUGGUCAAGGAAGAAAAGGAGCUCCACGCUAAAAUCUGAAGCAGCAGCAGUAUCUAAAGCGAGAAAGAAAAGUAAAUCUGAUACUUCAGAAGAUCAGGAGAUACAAGCUAUUGGUGGCAAAGAUGCUUCCAUCUUCCUUUUCCAUGCCCUGGGGAAAAUAAUUUACUGCAAAAGAGAACCAGUGUCAGAAUCAGAAAUUCCUCAGCUGCCUGCUCACUUAUCAGAAUACCGUCGAGACACCUUGCUCAUUCAGCCUGAGGAUAUUGUGGAAAAGUCACAUAUGUCCGGAAGUAUGUUUAACUUGUACCUUCACCAGAACUAUGUAGACUUUUUUUCUGAUAUAGAUGAUGUAGUGAGAGCCAGUGAAUAUUUAAGCGCCGCUGAUGUCCUUUGUAGUAAUUGGAGUACACGGUCUGUGAUGGAAAAAUACAGUGCCUCUGUGGCUACCCGAGGGGUCAUACAUUCAAACACAUCCAGAGCCUUUGCCCACCACCAAGGAGGGAUGGGGUUCCGGCCUUUACAUAAACCCCAGUGGUUCUUUAUUAAUAAAAAGUAUCAAGAAAAUUGCCUUGCUGCAAAAUCUCUCUUUUCAAGCUUCUGCUUACCACCGGAGUGUCUUCAGACAGAGCUGUUGCCUUACCUUGCCAUGUUAGCAAAUCCAAUGAGAAACCAAGCUCAGAUUUCUUUUAUCCAAGAUGUUGGGAGGCUACCGCUGAAAAGACAUUUUGGGAGGUUAAAGCUCGAAACGCUCACUGACAAAGACCCUGGGAUACCAGAGGUAUUUAUUGGCACGGAGGGGGACUGUGCCGACGUGCCCACUGUGGAGACGGCCGCGCAGAUGGAGACAAACAGAACCAACGAGGACGAACCCAACGGAUUCCCUCUCUCCUCAAGCCAGGGCAGUGGAAGUGAACUGCCCUGCAGCCAGCCUCAGCCCGUCGCAGCUCAAGCAAUCAUGGAGGAAGAAGAAUUAAAAAUAGAGGAGUACGAUAGUGACUGAGUACAACACAAUGCCAACAAGUGACUCGCCCAAAUAGGUUAAUACGCUAUGAAGGCCUUUGCUAAAGGCAGUAUGGUCUGCACGUAAGUACUGCUUGGGCUACUUAGGUGGGCUUUAGAAGGCCAAGCCUGUGUCAGCAUCAAGGCAACUCUCCGCAGCUUCCUCUUAACUUUGCAGGGUCAGACCCGAGCCAAAUACUAAAGUAGAAGCUAUUCCCUGCCUCUCCUGAGCCAUGAAAUAAUCUAUACUGAUAAAAAGAGAGCAAUAAAUGAUGACUGAAAUUAGUUCGGAAGAGACUGUAGAUAAGCAGUGUCGCUCUUAAGUUAUUUUUAUUUUUUACACUUUUUAAUUUACUUUGCAAUUGUAUAGUGUGUUUCCUGAGUACAUGUUUGGUGAGUUGUCAGCAUUUGAAGGUUUUAUUAAAAUUUAUACCUUCAAAGAAAAAUUGCUGUUUGGAAGCCUGGCCCUUCUGAAAGGAGAGACUGAAGCGUAUAUGUAAAAAGUUUGAUAUCCUAUACUGAUGAUGUAAAUAAAACUCCUACUGUAUUAAUGCUGUUUUGUACUCCCCCACAGAUUUUUAUGUGUUUGUAAGUUGAAGAUACAAAGUUGUACAACAGACUAUUUUGGAUUCCUUUUUGAAAUAUAUUUUCAUAAUUUAUGGAGGGGAAAAUAUAACAAUCAAGCAUAAGUCCUUCUCAUCCUUUGUACUCUGUAGGAAGUUAAUGGUGUAUUGUGCAGUUUUUCUGCUUAAAUUGGGAGUUGUGCUGGGGAAAGAAUAAUCCUGUGUUUGGCAAGGGAGACACGAGAAGUGUGCUGUUGUCUGAAUAGACUGUUUAAUACUUCAGUGUUUCUCUGUAAUGGGGAUAUGUCCACACAAAGCAAUCUAAUACAUUGCUGUGGUUAGUGAUGGCACAGGAAUAAGAAAAAACAAAAACAAAACCAAUUUUGAAUGUGUAAUGUAUGUUUGCAUUUCUGUAUUGCUUACUUCCAGAGUUUGGUAGAAGCAAAUGUGUGUUUAUCCACCAUAACCUUGGAAUUAAUGCUGCUAUUAAAAAGUCCACUUUUAUCCUCUCUGAAGCGGCAGGUGUAAUCUUUACAGCUAUAGCUGUUCUUUAAUUUUGAAGAGGGAGAUUUCUCUCUGAAUUAUUAAAUUCUGUUACAGCCAUACUCAUUACAGCAAA